GGCCUAAAGCGAGAGCGAGCACGAGAACCCAUCAUCGCUUUGCCUCCCCCGACGAGACGACGCACACGCACUCCCCCCCUCCUCCUCCUCCGCCGCCGCCGCCGCCGCCGUCGCGGGGAAGUGGCGCAAGGGAGCGGCGGGCUGCCCCCCGCCUGCGCCCCUCUCCCUCUCACACGAGCUCCAGAUCUCGCGUCGCGUUGCCUGCAUCCGCACGGGGGGUCUGUCUAUCUGUGCUAUGGAGACGAGCUCAUCUUCCUCCGCGCCGCCGCCGCCGCCGCACUCCAUACCGGCCUCCGGAGUCUGGGAGGACGCCUCGCCGCUCCUCGCCGCCGCGUGCCGUGAUCUCCAGGAUGGGGAACUUGUACAUGGAGAGAACUUUAGUCUCUUUGGUGCAAUGUCUGCAUUGGAAAUAAUGGAUCCUAAAAUGGAUUCUGGAAUUGAGAAAAGUGGAUACUACUCCAUUGAGGAAGCCAUAGAAGAUGGUAUUGCCCCAGUUCCACUUAGUUUGGACAGAACAAUUGAUGUUCAGCGCACUCUUGAUGUCAUGGAUCAUCUUUUCUCAUGCGAGGCAACAUGGCACAAGGGUCACACUCUAGCACAGACUGUCUUUACAUGUAUUUACCUUAUGAGGAUGGAGAGAACUUCAUCACAUGCUAUACUAAAUAGCUUUUGCAGAAUUUUGCGUGCUACCUGUUAUGCUGUGGUUUCUGUUGUUUCUACUGCCCGAACUCAUGAGGAGGAGGACCUCUUUACUAUGUCUUUUGGGCUGCCUUUAAGAGAUGAAGGUGAUGAAAAGUGCCUGUCAAUUCUUAACUCAGUUGAAGAGACAAUAUCUCGUCAAUUACGCGCUUGUAAAGCCCAAGCGUUGUCCAAGAAAAAGACACUAGAAGGUCUUGAAUCCCUGCAGGACAAUCCUGAUCUGGAAGAGGAUUACUGCAGAGCAUUGUUAUGUAGAUUACGUUUUCGUAAGCAUUUCUACCAUGUUGUUACAUGCUUGAGGAAACCUCAUGGAAAAGGGUUGGAGUUGGCACGGAAGCAUGUUGCGUCAUGCUUGACUGAGCUCAGUUUGAUGCUCAAGUCUCGAGAUUUCCUCAAGUCACAGUCCAACCAUACAUUGCAACAAGAUGAUGAAAUCUGCACAACUGCAUCAGGUGUUCGCCCUGUCGGCUUUGAUGCUAGCUUAAACAGCAGACUUCUGAGUCCAGCACCGCCUCGUGCAGUCAAAAUACUUAGCUGGAGCGAUGCAAUCAGGUACUUUGAGAAGCUUCUGUGUGAUCUAGAUAUCAUUUGCUCUUCACCACUUGAUCCGGUGCUUGAGAAUGUACUUCACUUUGUUGUACAGUUCCAAAAAUCAGUACCAGAUUUGGUUCCUAGAGCAUUUCUUCAGACUUUAUUGGUUCAAGAUGGCAAGCUUUAUGGUCGGGACUUGUCUUGUGAUGUGAUUUCAAGGGCUUUAUCAUUACCGGAUAUUAUAGGUGAUAAGGAAUUCCAGAUGAAUGAGUUUGUGGUGCAGCUAGGUCAGUUGGUUAUCAAUUUGCUUAAAAUUCUUUGCACGAACACUGCAUGGCAACGGCGCAAGCUUGGGAAGAGCUUGCAGGAUUGGAGUACCAUUUCCAUACAGUUGGAACUUGCGUUGAAAAGAGAGUUUGGUGAAACUAGAAAUGUCUUACCCCAUGAGAACAUGUGCAUGAGAGUAUCAAAGCAACUUCUGGUUUGGACUCAGGAACAUACCUAUUGGGUUGCUUAUCGGUUUCUCAUAUUGGGUUUUGAACUUGACCUGUAUUCUCCGAGUGAAUAUUGUAUGGUGUACUGGUACAUGUACGUGGUCCUCAUGAAGCUGAUAGAGCAGAUGCAGUUACGAAUCCUUGCUAGUAAUGAAAACUCGCGAAGAAAAGGGAAAAAGAAGAAGGAUCAUUCAAAAGACUCCUCACGGGACAUGGCGUUUCCAUCCUCUUGUCUAUUGCUUCAGUGUUAUGUUUUACUUUCAGAAGGACUUUCAAUGAUGUUGGCUGCCCUGAGGAUCAAAAGCAAUUUAUUCCAAUUACCAAGCAUCUUCAAUAGUGAGCAAGAGAGAUUCAUCCAGCAUUUCGAUCUUCUCCAGAAAGCACGGCUUCCAGAGCACAUUACCUACUACAGUUUUAGGGAGUCGGCUUCCCAUGCAACAAUAGCAGAUCUGAUGAAAUAUAAUUUCUUUAAAGAAAUUCAUAAGAUAACCCCGUCCUUGAGGGGAAGUUUUGCAAGUGAACCAGAAAAACUUGCAGAAAUCCGCCAGAUAGAGCAGGUGGCUGAGCACAACAGAAUAGCCCUAAACAUCAUCAGCCAAGUCAGAGCUGGUGAUCCGUCCUUGAGAGUUUCAUUUGAGUUUACACACCACCCACAUUUCGCUGUGGCAGUUGUAAAGAGAUCAUAGUUUCCUCUUGAAGAAGAGCAUUUUUUUUUCCAACUUCAUCUUCGUAUACCAAUGGCAGACGAGUCAGCUCCAAAAGCAAAUUGCUGCUGUCUUGUUCAUUGGUUCGUCCAUCUCCUUUGUGGCCUUAUGUGCUUUAGGUUGUACAAUGUACACCAUGUAACAAUUUUGUAGACAAAAAGAAAAAAACUAAAUGAUUAGUUACUAAAUUUGUUCUGUUAAAACAAUUUUUGAGAUGUUUAUUAUGCUAGACACGAUUAUACGAAUCCUAUGUAAUUCCAGCGAGAAACAGUUGCUGACAAAUUGAGUUCAAUUCACGAGCUUUUGUUACCUUGCAAUAUAUUUUUU